UGCGGGUGGUGUGACGUGGAUGGUCAGUGUGGGUGGGCGGUUGAUGCAGUGCGCGAGCGGUCGGUGUUUGUCUGUUGGGAUUGCUCGUGUGGACAGGCCACGGGACGAGGUAGACAAGCAGGUUGGAAUUAAAGCAGUGAUGGUAUAAGUUGAACUGGGUCCUUUGCACAGUAGGAGAUGGGAGCAAAUAGCAGCAGCAUUGCUGAGCUUGCAAAUAACAGCUACCUUCAACGUCUUGCUGGCACAGAAACCAUAUCAGAGAAUGAUCCAUUCUGGAAUCAGCUUCUAUCAUUUUCCUUCACCACACAUACUAAUGGUACUGAUACACAGCUCUUGGAAGAGGCAACGCUUUCGAUUUCCAAAUCAUUAACUGGCCUCUGGACAGUACUUACCUUGGGAGGAGUUGGGAAUAAGGCAACCCAGCAAGGGGAUCUGUCAUCUCCACUGGCUAAUCGAAGUCUUCUGCUGCUGCUUGUUCUAUCUAAUUUGAGCAACAGACCAGAAAACCCAAAUCCAUACAGGCAGUCGAUAAUGUCAUUCAGGAAUACACAAGAUAAUACUGCAAUUCAGUCACCAAACUCCUACUGCUUCCAGAUAAAUUUCAACAGUUUGUACACAGCACUGUAUGAGCAGCAGAAAUCUGACCAGGCCACUCUUCUGCUGUAUACUUUGUUGCAUCAGAACCCAAAUGUGAGAACAUAUGUCUUGGCCCGUACUGAUGUAGAGAAUUUGGUUCUUCCAAUUCUUGAGACUUUGUAUUGUGUUGAAGAACGUAAUUCUCACCAUGUGUACAUGGCACUCAUUAUUCUUCUAAUCCUUACUGAGGAAGAUUCAUUCAACCGUUCUGUGCAUGAAGUGAUACUAAAGAAUAUUACUUGGUACGCUGAGCGUGUCCUGACAGAAAUCUCAUUAGGAAGUCUUCUAGUUCUUGUGGUGAUACGAACUGUGCAGUACAAUAUGACCAGAACCAGGGACAAAUAUCUACAUACGAAUUGUUUGGCAGCAUUAGCUAACAUGUCUGCUCAGUUUCGGUCAUUACAUCAGUAUGCAGCUCAGAGAAUUAUCAGUUUGUUUGCUCUGCUAUCGAAAAAACACAAUAAAGUUCUGGAACAGGCCACACAGUCACUGAGGGGUCCCGUUGGUGCAGAGGAAAAUUCACCAGUGCCCGAUUAUGCUCAAGACCUCAAUGUAAUUGAAGAGGUGAUCCGAAUGAUGCUGGAGAUCAUAAAUUCUUGCCUUUCCACUUCUCUUCACCACAACCCGAACCUAGUGUAUGCACUCCUGUACAAACGGGAUCUCUUCGAACAGUUCCGCACACACCCCUCCUUCCAGGACGUGAUGCAGAAUCUUGACAUGGUGAUCAGCUUCUUCAGUCAUCGGCUGGAACAGGCGGGUGCAGACCUGUCAGUGGAAAGAGUUCUGGAGGUCAUCAAACAGGGGGCUGUAGCAUUGCCCAAAGAUAAACUGAAGAAAUUCCCAGAACUGAAGUUCAAGUAUGUUGAAGAGGAGCAACCAGAGGAGUUUUUUGUUCCAUAUAUUUGGUCCUUGGCUUAUAACUCGACAGCAGAGCUAUAUUGGAAUCCACAGCAAGUUCAGCUUUUUACAAUGGACUCUAGCUGAGCACCUGUGUUUUGUGAUGAUUGUUUUGGGGGGACGGGCAAAAGUUAACACAACAGUUUCAGAAGGAGAAUAAGAAACUUCUUUUCAAUUUUUGUGUGGUCUACAUCCACAUUAAGGACUUAUUUCUUUGAACAGGGUGAAUGGAAUUCAUGGAUGCCAUGUAAAUUGGAAGUCAUCAAUCACAGACCAAACAGCUUCAAAUGCCUCGAGGGAAUAAUUAUAAUUGACUAACUUUUCACUGAAUAUUCUUGAUUAGUCAGACUAUGAAAUGAAUCACGUUACCUGCCUUGGGCUGUGCCUAAAGGUCCUUCUGCAAAUGGUACAAUAAACAUUGGUGGAAUGCAGCAUUAAAGAAAAAUGUCCUGUAAAAUAGAAUACUCACGUUUCUUAAGUAUAUUCGGAAUACUAAUAUCAUUUAUUGGUUAUAAUAAUGUUUGAUUAAAAUGUUGUGGAAUUGCUGUCAUUCCUGAUCCAAAAACAUUUAUUGUCAGUAAGAACCAAGACACAGGUCAGGGUAUGUUUUUUUUCAGUUAGUAUAAAAGCUUGAAGAAAUUAAGAAAUGUAUUUAAUGACAAUGGUGCAGGUUGUGGACAAAUGAUUUCCAAUGGAGUUAUUGUUCAAAUCUUCUGACUUUCUAACCAGUGGUGGUACCAUCAACUAAAACGUUUUUUAAAAAUAUCUUUAUUGCAUUUUGCGAUACCAUAUUUAUUAUGUGCACAAUCAUGAACAAGAUACAAAACUAAGUUGAUGUAAUUUGAUAAGUGUAUCCUAGUCAGAUUUCAGAAAUGUAUUCUUUAAUUGAAGAAUUUAGCUUAAAAUAAAUGCUUUAUCUCGCUUGAUGAUUUAGUGGAUAUAUACUCCUUGCUGGACUUUUGUGCAGAGCUACAUGCACUAGGAUAACUCCAGUUUAGCAUAUGUUCCUAGAAUGGUUCUACAGUAACUGUUUCCAGCUGUCUUGGGGAUAAGGUUCAAGGACUACGUUAUUUGCCACAAUAUCUGAUGGUAUAGGAAAUAGGAAUAAUGGUUGGUGUUGCCACAUUGCCAGGUGGUGCCAGUACACAGCCCAAAGACUAGCAUUCCCUCUUUGCAUUCAGCUGUGGCAUAUAACAUUUAGAUACAGAAGGUUGUUUUUAACUUCAUUGCAGAAAUUAUACAGUGAACAUUUUGCCUGCUUUAAUCGAGUCAUUAGACUGACAUCCUAUCUGCCUGUUAAAGAAAAUCACAUUACACUAUUUGCAGAAUAAGGGGAAGUUCUUCCACUGUCCUUACCAAUAAUUUAACACCCACUGGCCUAGCAUUUUCCAAAACCCAUGAUCCUGCCUCCAUUCUGGAGGUAUAGACGUGCACUGUUUUCAUGCCAGGGAAGUGGACAUGGACUAUAAAUAAUCCAAGUUGGCUAUAUAGGCAGACCAAACAAUCUAGGAGCAAUAUUAGGCCAUUUGGCCCAUCAACUCUACUAACCAUUCGACCACGGCACUUACAUUUCUCAACCCCAUUCUCCUGCCUUCUCCCUAAAAUCCUUGAUCCCCUUACUAAUCAAGAACCUAUCUAUCUCUGUCUUAAAUGCACUCAGUGACUUGGCCUCCACAGCCCUCUGCAGCAAUGCAUUCCACAGAUUUGCCACCCUCUAACUGCAAAAAUUCCUCCUCACCUCAGUUCUAAAAGGUCUUCCGCUCUGAGGCUGUGCCCUCAGAUCUCCACAUCCAUUCUAUCCAGGCCUUUCAGUAUUCUAUAAGUUUCAAUCAGAUACCCCCUCAACCUUCUAAACUCCAUUGAGUCUAGUAUCCUGGGAUCAUUCUUGUAAACCUCCUCUGAAUCUCCUCCAACGCCUGCAUAUCUUACCCUAGAUACUGGGCCCAAAACAGCUCUCAAUAUUCCAAAUGCAGCCUGACCAGAGCCUUAUAUCGCCUCAGUGUUGCAUCUCUGCUUUUAUAUUCUAGCCUCCUUGAAAUGAAUGCUAACAUAGACAGUCAGGUGGCAAAGUUGGAAGUCUAGAAAGCCUACCUCCAUCUGCUGGCACACUGUUCCGCUCUAAUCUUGACUGGUCUUUUAACCUUCAACCUCACUUGCUCUCUCCAUAUCCCCCAUUUCGUUAUCCACUGUUCUUUUUUCCACAAAGUACACAACCACUGUGUCAUUGGUAAAUCAUUGAAAUGUUCCUGAAACAAACCUCAUUUACAAACAUGCUUUGAAACUUUACUUUGAAAUAGAAACUGCUCAUUUUACAAUUUUAUAAAACUGUCAAUCUUACACAACAUUUCAUUGCAUUAAAACAAAAGCUUUACUCUACUUCAGAUCUCUGAAUCUCAUGAAUAUGGAUACAAGGGGGAAUUUUAUAAUCUCCUUGGCAGACAUGUUUUCAGUGAGAAUGCAGGUAAAAUACAUCAAUUGUGUAAUCCACUGCUUUCCUGUCUGCUCCGACCCACUCACUAUAAUGUGCAGUAGGGUGGAAAAGACACUCGCUAGGUUGCCUGACGCUAUGGCUGUUGAGGUGCUGAUUAAAUUGUUGAAAAGGUGAGAAAGAAGCAGAGGGAUUGCAUCCUUUUGGAGGUGUCCUUUGUGCAUCAGGAGCACCCCAAACCUCUACCCCUACAUUGUGCCUCCUUACAUAAGCUCCAAUAUCCACUGUCUCCAUAGUCCUACACUGUCCCUCCUACAAUGUCCAAACCUGUCCCAUCCAAGAAACCCAGGACUCACCUUGCUUGAUGGGCUUCCUUGCAGUUCCACCAGUGCCUCCUAAUCUCACAUGAAAGUUCUUCAGGAUGGGAAUUCUACUGAAAGCAACUGCAAAACAUAUCAGGUCACAGGCUUGGAAAAGCUUUUCAAAGAAAGAUCAGGUUGUUUUCAAAAAAAACCAGAUUGAUUGAAAGAUAUCAAUCUUUGUCAGAUCGAAACAUAUCAAUCAAAACAAAGGUAGCGCUCACCUGCAAGCUGUUCUGUAUAGCUGGAGGUUUGAGUCCAUUAGUCAUUCUUGCAGAUCAACCAGGUAUUAAGAAUUAGUCCAUCUGGUAAAACAGAUGCCUGCUUAUCUGUCCAAACAGCUUUUGUGGAUAUCGUGUGAAAUGGAUUGAAAGUUUCCUCAAUUGGACUGUCACUGCCUGUGACUGAUUGACAGCUUUAUGAGAAAGAAGAGCAAUGGUUUUCAAACAGCUUGUUUAAUGGCUUUUUUUCCUGUUCCUGUCUCAGAAUUGGGGCUCCCUCUGUGGUUCAUAACUCCUCUGAGUUGCCAUGAACCAAGUCUCUUAACAAAAUUGGUUUGGCACCAUCAAGAUUGCAGAGGGUUUGAAAUGCCCACCCACAAUGGAGCUGACAAGGGUGACAGUGCUGUGUGCAGUUCACUGCCAUUCCCCUCAUUCACAUUAGCAAAAAUGACCAGAAACAGGAAUGGGGCAGAAAUCCACAAAUCAGGCCCUGUGCACCUUUAUUAAAUGGCUUCCAACUUACCAAAAAUACGUACAAUAUCCAGGCCAAAGUUAAGGAUGUCCUAAGAUUCAUCAUUAAAUGCUCUUAUAACUGCAAAUUCUCAUGCACACACAUCGAGAUCUUCUACAAUCAAGUAGCUGUUAGCAAGCAGCCUAUACUUUCCAAUAUUAUUGGCUAACUCCAUUAAAUACUGUUAACUUUUUUCAACCCUGUGGUUAUAGACGGUGUACUAAUUUGAGCUGCUUUUAUUUGGUUUUUGGCUAUUUAUGUAGUUAGUAAUAUUAGAACUUCUACAUUUUAAAACAUUGGGAACUUAGAACACUGGAACCCACUGUUAUGUGAUCCACCUUUAGGGGGUCAGAAAACAUGUUGUCCUGUAGUGGCAGUGAUUUUUAUGAUGUCCUGACAUAAGAUCAUGGUAAGUCUGUACUGCUGGUGCACACGGCUAAAAUGUUGAGGUGCAGUCAGUACAAAUGUUGAAUGGUAAGCCUCCAUAAUGAGUCAGUCUAAAGAAAUACCAGCUUUACAUUACAAAAUUUGUUGUUAAUAUGAUGAUGUUAGCUCUGCAUAGACGUACAUCCGUAUCUAAUUGAACACUUUAGCCAGUGGCUCAGUACUUCUUCCCUGUGAGAAUAGUUUAUCUUAUAAAAUAGAAAACCUGUGCAAAAUAAUGUCUUCACAACAGAAAUAUUAGAAAUAGUUUCAUAAGUUUCGAUCUAAUGCCUAUAAGUGUAGACUUAGCUGUAAUGAGCAGAAAAUUUGAAAAAUAAAAGCCAAUUGACAGCAAGUAGAAACAAAAAUGGAUAAUGUGCAUAAAGUCAACCUGCAUAAUGUUAUUGAGCAAUGAUGGACACAUGAGCACAGUAGUUUGGCUAUUUAAGUUGAUCAAGUCAGCAGUUCAGUCCAACUGCCUAUGCUAUGUUAAAUAAACCUUAUGUUACAUUUGUUUGACUGUUAUUGAUGUUGACUUUCUAAAUGUAAUUACAUAUUGUAAUCCAGAUAUUUUAGUGUUUAACAAAAAAUUUAAAGUAAUCAUUGUAUGAUGUUCAAUCAUAAGGUAUAAGACUAAGUAUAACAUUGGCAUCACAGCACAGUAGACAGACAUAUAUGAUUAGCUGUGUCCUGUGGCAGCAAAUGGACUUCCAAAUAAUGCUCAUAUAGCUGCAAUGUCAUGGCACCAAAUAUUAAAGAGUACCAAGUUCUCGUAGAGUAUCAGUUAAUAUGCUGUCAACCAGUCAGACAAAAACAAAUUACGUGGUCGUGUAUCUCAUUGUCACUUGCAGCGGUUUGCUAUUUGUAAACCAGCUGCUGUACUUGACUACACAGAGUUCACACUUACAAGAAAUUAAUCGUAUGUGAAGUGUUUUGAGAUAUUUGAAAGUUGUGCUAUGGUGAUAAACAUCAAUGCUGUUUCUGUCACACCAAUUUCCUGCAAAUUAAAAUGUUUUACCAAUUUAA